CUCCCACCUUCCGCCCGGGCUUUGCACGCGGGAGGCGCGAGGUCUGCGCUGCUGCUCCGGAUUUGCAAAAAAAAAAAAAAAAAAUCCCCCCAAAUUUCCAAAAUACGGGUGUGCAUUGGUGCAUUGUUACUUGGGAAGAAGUGCCAAGGAUGGAAAUCCAAGAACGGAGAUGAAAUUAUUUGGCGCAGCGUUGGGCUAUAUCGGGCACUGUUCUGGAAAUCUGUUCUAAUUUUGAUCAUCCUGCAUGCUGAUCGCCUGUGGAUUUAUGGAGGGGGCUGGGCGCACUUUUGAGCACUGCCACGCACAGCAUCCCUCCCGUUGAAAGAGGACAGUGUCCCGCCCAAACCUGGCCUCCUAGAGCCCCUUGGGCUUCACCAUUCAGAGACCCCGUGGAUGGCUGUUGCAGUCCGCGGGAAGCUUUUACCUGCAGUUCCCCAAUUCUGAGCUGCCCCGGGCUCCUCUCGCUGCCCCCAAAUAUUUCACAUAUCCAGAUGGGGUAACGUGAAAGCCUGCGAGAUAACACCAGCGUGUUCGCUGAAUGCAGAGGCCUUUGUGAGGAAGAGGAGGAGGAGGAGAAGAAGUGGAGAACUAAGAAGGGAAGUUGGGCGGCACUGAAGGACGACUACUUAAAAUUGCACACUACGGAUUUUUUUUUUUAAAAAAAAGGAAAACAAAGUAUUACUCAGUCUCAAGCACAGGGUCCCUUUUUUAAAAAAAUUCGAGGAUUUUAGAGAAUCCAGCGUUAUCCUAUUUGCACAACGUUUGUGUUGAUUGUGAAGGCGGGAAAGGAGAGAGUCUGGUCCGGCUCUCGUCACGUGGUCCCGUUUUGGAUUUGCAAUUGGUUUUUUUUCUCAAGAGGCCACCUCGGCUUGUCUCCACCAUGGCGCGCAUGAACAGGCCUGCCCCUGUGGAAGUGUGCUACAAGAACAUGAGGUUCCUGAUAACCCACAACCCAACGAACGCCACACUGAACACUUUCAUUGAGGACCUGAAGAAAUACGGCGCAACCACAGUUGUGAGAGUGUGUGAAGUGACCUAUGACAAGACUCCCCUGGAAAAGGAUGGCAUAAAAGUGAUGGAUUGGCCCUUUGACGAUGGAGCGCCACCACCCAACAAAAUUGUGGACGACUGGCUCAACCUGCUGAAAACCAAAUUCUGCGAGGACCCCGGGUGCUGCGUUGCUGUCCAUUGUGUAGCUGGCCUGGGACGGGCUCCAGUUCUGGUUGCGCUGGCCCUAAUUGAGAGCGGGAUGAAAUACGAAGACGCCAUCCAGUUCAUUAGACAGAAACGCCGAGGAGCCAUCAACAGCAAACAGCUGACCUACUUGGAGAAAUACCGCCCCAAGCAGCGCCUGCGUUUCAAGGACCCCCAGAACCACAAGAAUAAAUGCUGCAUCAUGUAACCUCCGUGGUGUCUCUUGCCCGGAAUCCCACCCGAGGAAGACGAACCAUGCCACACUCAAAAUGCACAGGGCUUGUACUUCUGACGUUUGCAGAGGACAUUUUUGUCACAACUCCCCCCCCCUUUUUUUUUGAGUCGUUCCCAGGCAAGGAGAACGCUGGUUUGCCCCUCCCUUGUUUGGUUUCAAAGCCUUGAAAUAACGCUGGUUUUUCCUCCCCCCCACCCCCUUCCCUCUCUCCUCCUUUUCCCGAAUAUUUUGUCCUGCCGAAAAGCUCUUUGUAUAACGACAUCAACUUUCAAUGCAAUAACUCCGGAGCGUUCUCUUUUCCUCCGGAGAACUUGAUGAGAUGGGUUAAGGAAUGAAUUAGCUAAAGUAGAAGGCCGUAGGGAUUGGACAGGCCUGUAGUUGAAGCCCAUUUAUGUCUGGGCCGAGAUAAACCUAGAUACACCGUGGAAGCUGAGUUAGUUGGGGGAUACAAGUGGGUGUUGUGCUGUGCUGUGCUUGGUUCAUUGGCUCCCUGGCUUUCGUGUUUGAACAGAUUGCUGGGUCAUCCUCUCCUGCCAGGGUUGAGAACCAUCCCCUUGAAUAGGAGACCAUCUAGUCGGUAGAGAUGAAUCCCUUGAUCCCGAGGUGUCUUCCACUCCCCCUCACCUCCAACGGUAUGCCGUUUCCCUUUAUGCCCAUGAAGUCAUAAAACUCCCCAUCGAUCGGAUAAGUGUUGCUACUUUUGGAUGUUCUUGGAGAAGAAAGGGGUUGAGGUUGGAGAGAGGAAAGGUGGCCUGUGUUGAAGAGAGAGAGAACCGAAGGAUUUGGGCAGGUGGGAAAGAAGGUUGGGGGAAUUGGGAGGUGGGAAUUAUUGAUCGUACGGAGUGGCACUUGUUUUUGGGGUGGGGUCUCGGUAUCAUUGGUCACAAUAGGUUCAGAGGUUUUGAGGAGGAAGCUGAGAACAUCCCUUUUCUGAAGGGUUAGGGUUUUUUUUUUCUUUUUGUCUUGUGGAAGUAGCUGGCCGAGAAUCAUUUUUCGUAAACAUUCAGUAUUGACUUUGUGGAAUUGAUGUUUUUUUUAAAAAAAAUAAAGCCUCUUCACAUCCCCCCUGUGAUUUUAUGGAUCCUAGAGCUGUGAUGGCAAACCUUUUGAGUGCCCAAACCGGAUCAGCUGGCCAGCUGAUCUUUGCAUGAGCCA